UCGCGUCGCGCUGCGCCGCGCGGGGGCGACACUGCCCCAAGCUAGCCAUGAAGAGCCUCAAGUCCCGCCUAAGGAGGCAGGAGGCUCCCGGCCCCGCGUCCGCCGGCGCCCCAGCCACCGCCAGCGCGCUUGCAGCAGAUUGGAAUAAAUACGAUGACCGAUUGAUGAAAGCAGCAGAAAGAGGAGAUGUAGAAAAAGUGUCCUCAAUCCUUGCUAAAAAGGGGGUCAAUCCAGGCAAACUAGAUGUGGAAGGCAGAUCUGCCUUCCAUGUUGUGGCCUCAAAAGGGAAUCUUGAGUGUUUGAAUGCUGUCCUUAUACAUGGAGUUGCUAUUACAACCAGUGAUACUGCAGGGAGAAAUGCUCUUCACCUAGCUGCAAAAUAUGGACAUGCGUUGUGCCUACAAAAACUUCUGCAGUACAAUUGUCCUACUGAACAUGGAGACCUACAAGGAAGGACUGCACUUCAUGAUGCAGCUAUGACAGACUGUCCUUCUAGCGUACAGCUGCUUUGUGACCAUGGGGCCUCUGUGAAUGCCAAAGAUGUAGAUGGGUGGACCCCACUUGUUCUGGCUACUCAGAUGUGUAGGCCAACGAUAUGUCAACUGCUGAUAGACAGAGGAGCAGAUAUUAAUUCCAGAGACAAACAAAACAGAACUGCUCUUAUGCUAGGUUGUGAGUAUGGUUGCAAAGAUGCCGUAGAAGUCUUAAUUAAAAAUGGUGCUGAUGUAAGCUUGCUGGAUGUUCUUGGGCAUGAUUGUUCCUACUAUGCAAGAAUUGGUGACAAUCUGGACAUUCUAAACCUACUAAAGACUGCAUCGGAAAAUAUCAACAAAGGGAGAGAAUUUUGGAAGAAAGGACCACCUUUGCAACAGCGUAAUUUGACACACAUGCAAGAUGAAGUAAAUAUGAAGUCAAAUCAGAGGGAGCAUCAAAACAUUCAGGAUCUGGAGAUUGAAAAUGAAGAUUUGAAAGAGAGGUUGAGAAAAAUUCAACAAGAGCAAAGAAUACUGUUGGAUAAAGUCAAUGGUUUACAAUUACAGUUAAAUGAGGAAGUAAUGGUUGCUGAUGAUCUAGAAAAUGAGAAAGAAAAGCUGAAGUCCCUUUUGGUGGCUAAAGAAAAGCAACAUGAAGAAAGCUUAAGAACUAUUGAGGCUCUGAAAAAUAGAUAUAAAUAUUAUGAGAGUGAUCAUUUAGGAUCAGGAAGUCAUUUCAGUAACCGAAAAGAAGAUAUGCUUCUUAAACAAGGUCAAAUGUACAUGACAGACUCACAGUGUAUUUCCACAGGUAUGCCAGCCCAUAUGCCAAGCAGAUCUAUGUUAAGACCACUAGAGCUAUCUUUAUCCAGUCCAACUUCAUAUUCUGAAAAUGAAAUUUUAAAGAAAGAGUUAGAAGCAAUGAGAACUUUCUGUGAUUCAGCAAAACAAGACAGACUCAAGCUCCAAAAUGAACUGGCUCACAAAGUGACAGAGUGCAAAGCUUUAGCAUUAGAAAGUGAAAGAAUCAAGGAGGAUUCAGAUGAACAGAUAAAGCAAUUAGAAGAUGCAUUAAAAGAUGUGCAGAAGAGAAUGUAUGAGUCAGAAGGUAAAGUUAAACAAAUGCAGACGCAUUUUCUUGCUCUUAAAGAGCACCUAACAACUGAAGCAGCUACGGGGAAUAACAGAUUAAUGGAGGAACUGAAGGAUCAGUUGAAAGAUAUGAAAGCAAAAUAUGAAGGGGCUUCAGCAGAAGUGGGAAAACUAAGAAACCAAAUCAAACAAAAUGAAAUGUUAGUAGAAGGGUUCAAGGGGAAUGAAGGCAAGCUGAUAGAAGAAAAUAAGCGAUUGCAGAAGGAAUUUAGAACGUGUGAAAUGGAGAGAGAGAAGAAAGGAAGCAAGGUCACAGAGAUGGAAGGCCAGUUAAAAGAACUGGUAGCAAAGUUGGCCCUUUCCAUUCCAACAGAAAAGUUUGAAAACAUGAAGAUCUUAUUAUCAAAUGAAGUGAAUGAGAAAACAAAAAAAUUAGUAGAGAUGGAAAGAGAAUAUGAAAAAUCACUUAGUGAAAUUAGACAUUUAAAGAGAGAACUUGAGACUCUUAAGGCCAAACUUGCUCAGCAAGUCAAUCCAGAGGAACAUGAACAGCUCAAGAGCAGAUUAGAGCAAAAGUCAGGAGAACUUGUGAAGAAGAUCACUGAUUUAACAUCAAAAAAUCAGACACUACAAAAGGAAAUUGAAAAGGUUUAUCUGGAUAACAAACUUCUCAAGCAGCAAGUGCAUAAUUUAACAAUUGAAAUGAAAAGUUAUUACAUUACCUUAAAAGUAAGUGAAGAAAUGAAAAAGUCGCAUGAUGUGAUUGUUGAUGACUUGAAUAAAAAGCUUUUAGAGGUAACACAAAAAUACACAGAGGAGAAGUUAGACAUGGAGAAAUUGCUAAUGGAAAAUGACAGUUUAAGUAAGAAUGUUAGCCGCCUGGAAUCUGUGUUCGUACCUCCUGAGAUACAUGAAAAAGAGACAAUGACUUUGAAAUCCAGUAUUGUUUAAUUGAAAAAACAGCUCUCUGAACUUAAUAAAAAAUGUGGUGAAGACCAAGAAAAAAUACAUACACUCAUGUCUGAAAACACUAACUUGAAAAAAACUAUAAGUAAUCAGUAUGUGCCAGUUAAAACCCAUGAAGAGAUAAAAACUGCAUUGAGUAGCACAUUAGAUAAAACUAACAGAGAAUUAUUAGACGUGAAGAAAAAAUUUGAAGAUAUAAAUCAAGAAUUUAUAAGAGUAAAAGGUGAGAAUGAUAUAUUGAAAAGAAACCUGGCAAACACUCAGAACCAAAUAAAAGCUGAGUAUAUCAGCCUAAAAGAACAUGAGGAGAAGAUGAGUACUUUAAAUAGGAGCAUGAAAAAGGUACAGGAUAAUUGCGCUGAAAUAUUGGCUGACUACAAAAAAGGCCAAGAAGAGAUUGUGACAUUGCAUGCUGAAAUUGAAGCCCAAAAGAAGGAACUUGACACAAUACAAGAAUGUAUUAAGCUAAAAUAUGCUCCAAUUAUCAGUUUUGAAGAGUGUGAGAGAAAAUUUAAAGCAACAGAGAAAGAACUAAAAGAACAGUUAUCAGAACAAACACGAAAGUCUAGUGUCAGGAAAGAGGAGACCAAGAAAUGCAGGCAAGAGAACGAAAAGUUAAAGAAGGAGGUUUUCUCCCUUCAGAAAGAUUUAAAGGAUAAAAAUGUUCUCAUUGAGAAUUCUCAUGAAAUGGAAAGAACAUUAAGCAGAAAAACAGAAGAGCUAAACAAAGAGUUAAAAGACUUAUCACAGAAAUACACAGAAGUAAAGAAUGAGGAAGAGAAGCUAGUAGAAGAAAGUGCCAAACAUACUUCUGAUAUCCAUGCAGCACAAACUCUUCUGCAAAAACAGCAUGUUCCAUUGGAACAGGUUGAGGCUUUGAAAAAAUCUCUUAAUGGCACAAUUGAGAAUCUAAAGGAAGAACUGAAGAAUAAGCAGCGGUGUUAUGAGAAAGAGCAGCAGACAGUGACCAAACUGCAUCAGAUGCUGGAGAAUCAAAAGAACUCUUCUGUGACCUUGGUAGAGCAUUUACAGAUUAAGGAAGCAUUUGAGAAAGAAGUAGGAAUCAUUAAAGCCAGCUUAAGAGAAAAGGAAGAAGAGAGCCAAAAUAAAACUGAGGAACUCUGCAAACUCCAGUCUGAAGUUCAGCAUACUAAACAAGCACUAAAAAAAUUAGAGACUAGAGACGUAGUUGAUUUGUCUAAAUAUAAAGCAACAAAAAGUGAUUUGGAGACACAGAUCUCCAAAUUAAAUGAAAAACUGGCCAAUCUGAAUAGAAAGCAUGAGGAAGUAUGUCAGGAAGCUUUGCAUGCCAAAAAGAAGGAACUAUCUACAAAAGAUGGGAAGGAAUUACUACAUUUCAGCAUUGAGCAAGAAAUCAAGGACCAGAAAGAACGAUGUGAUAAGUCCUUAACAACAAUCACAGAAUUACAGAGAAGAAUACAGGAAUCUGCUAAACAGAUUGAAGCAAAAGAUAAUAAGAUAACUGAACUGCUUAAUGACGUAGAAAGACUAAAACAGGUACUCAAUGGCCUUUCACAACUCACCUACACAAGUGGGAGUCCUAUCAAGAGACAAAGUCAACUGGUUGAAACUCUGCAGCACCAGGUGAAAUCCCUGCAGCAGCAGCUGGCUGAUGCUGACAGACAGCAUCAAGAAGUAAUUGCAAUUUAUCGGACACACCUUCUUAGUGCUGCACAGGGUCACAUGGAUGAAGAUGUUCAGGCAGCCUUACUCCAGAUCAUACAAAUGCGGCAGGGGCUUGUGUGCUAG